AUGCACCCGCUGAUGGCGGUGCUGGUGUGCCAUCCUCACCUCCACCAGGGACCCAUCAGCGUCCACCUGAACGUCGCCGGCACCGACAAGUUUGCUCCCCAGGCGGUCUACUCCGAUUUGGCCCAGGUGCCUCGCGGCGCCCAGUUCGACGUCGUGGUGUUGGCGGCGCUGUCGUUACAGGACUUCCAGGGUAAGUGCGAGCAGUUGGCGCCGUUGGUGAAGGACGAUCUGCUCGUGAUUAUCGAACUGACAGGGUACAUCAAUUUGGAGCCGUUUGUCCAAUUAUCAUUACCAAAAACCAAGAGAGUUACGGUGCUUUCCAUCAUGAACGAGGCCGAUGUCCGUAACGUCGGGCCCAACGAGUAUACUCACACUCACCGCAAUUCCGACCCUCGUGUGUACUUGGGUUCCACUCAACAACAGCCGAGAGCGGCUCAGAUUAAAGAACUGGCGCCGUUUUUACUGGUGUGCCGCGUAUUCUCCGAGACUCCCAAGACCGCUUUUUUGACUCUGUUCCAACCGAAGGAGUUUAUGACCUACCAGUGGAAAUUGGCGUUGCCGAGAAUCGUAUUCAAUCCUCUCCUGGUGAUCUUUGAAGUGCCGUUCCCGUCGGAGUUAUCGCAACAGAUCUUGUGUAAACCGUUAAUUCUGGGGAUCAUCAACGAAUUGUUCAAGAUCAUUAAGAAGAUGGAGUGUAAGCUCGUGAAAGGGUUUGAAAACGAAGCCAAUUUACUCAAAUCGUGGCUGGCGGCGUUCCCCGUCACCAAGGAUAACGCCGACUUCCGCAACUCCCCGAACCUCUUCUACAACUUCUACCACCAACAACAAUUGGAGCUCGACUUGUUAUUGCUCCAGCCGAUUCUUUUAGCUGACGACCACGGCAUCAAGCUGCCCUACCUCGAAAACAUGUACCUGACGUUGUGCCAGUACGACAAGAUUAACGACGGCGAGCUGAUUCUCUUUGACCGUAAGGGGUUGGGUGGCCAGUCCAACCAUGCCAAGCUGGCGGGACACGCCCAAUUGGACGGCGACAUCGCCCUGCGCCAGGACGAAUUGGCCCAAUUGGAGCGCCAGUUACAGGAAAAGCGCCAGACCCACCAGCGCAUGAGCCACGAAGUGUCGGGGUUGUCGCGUAAACUCACUGAAUUAGAGCUGGCAGUGGCCCGCAAGACUGCGGAAGCGCUGUCGUCGUCGUCGCCGCCCCAGGCCCCCGCCGACGACCUCAGAGGACUCGCCAUCCACGACGACCCGGACAAGCUGAGCCACUUGUUGGAGAAGGAAAUGGAGCUCCAGCGCCGCGAACAGGAACUCAUCAACCGCGAACAGAUGUUUGCCGCGUCGCUGCCGUCGCAGUCGUCGCCGUCGCAGAUGGCCCCCGGCCAGUUCGACCCGUACCGCCCGCAAAUGAUGUCGUCGCCGCCGUCAAAGCAAAACUUGUUUGCUGACGGCUACGGGCGCAACGGCCCGCCGCCGAUGAACGGCGGUGGCGUCCAGGGCCCCCCUCAACUCUUCGACCCUAACCGCGGGAUGGUGCGCAGUCCCAGUGGUAACCUCAUCCAACAGGCGCCUCCCGGGGCUCGCCGGGUGCCCCUGUUACCUCAGAUGAACGUUGGCGGUCUCGGUGACCCGAACAUGUUCCAGGCCCGGGUGCCGGCGCUGCAGAUCGGCGAGCUGACCAACCACCCGCUGUUCAACAACGCUGCCCCCAUCGACCCGUUAUUGGAGCUGCGGUUUAAGCAGAACCCGAAGAAGACCAACCGCCGCUCCGCCCACCCGCAAAUGACGGGUAACUUGGACGGUUUCGACGUCGGUGGCCGCGGCGGUAUGCCGAUGCCCGGUAAGUACCGGGCGCUGGUGGGUCCCGGUGGCCCCGGCCAAUUUAACCGCCCGCAACAAUACGGCCACAUGAGCGUCACCAAUAACCCCAAUGUCACCAACAUCAUGGCGGGGCGUCCGUCGCCCCAGUUGGCGUCGCCGCCACAACAGCAAACCCCGCAAUUCCAGCCGCCGCUGGCACCCCACCACGACGUGCGCAACGACUCUAACGGGUCGUUGCCGCUGUCAGCGUCCUACGGGCUGCCGGUGCUGGAAUUGGGCGACGCCCCCGCUCCUCCUCCGGCCCCCGUCGAGGACCUGGCACCCAACCACUCAUUCUCUGACGUUGACGCCCGCCCGUUGGGGCUGGGCCUUGGCGCCGGCGCCGACGAACCGGAUAAAAAGAAGAAGAAAAAGAAGGGUUUCUUCGGCAAGAAAAAGAAGUGA